AUGUCUUCGAGUAGUGUAAGUCCUGGUCUGCUAAUCGCUCCAACACAGUUGAAUAUCUACUUUGGAUUAUUUAUAUAUGUAACUGGUGUUCUUGGCAGUAUUGGAAAUGUAAUUAUUUACAGAUCUCGAUCACUACGCGAUCGCGCUUGUUCUGUUUAUUUACUUUGGCGAUCUGUUGUUGAUUUUAUUUAUAUGAAUUCAAUUCUUUUAACACGGAUUUUGCAAAAAGGAUUUAAAAUUUCAAUCACAACUCGAUAUGAAUAUUUGUGUAAAAUUCGUCAAUUUGGCUCGAGUUAUGGAAAUCAACUUGCUUUUAUGUUCUUAGCCUUGGCAACACUCGAUCGAAUCUUCUUGGCACAUCGAUCAGCUGCUUUGCGCCGAUGGGGAAAUCGUGUUUCGUUAGCUAGAAAACUCGUGAUCUUCUCUUGUGUCAUAUGGUUAAUCGCACUUUUUCAUAAAUUAAUCUGGUAUGGCGGUGCAGCGAAUGGAAAAUGUGAAGCUCAACCGGGUUUCUAUGCUUAUUUCGACAAUCUGUUCGGCGCAAUUGUCACAUGUCUUUUUCCAAUGAUUGUUUUAACUAUUCUUGGUGUUUUCAUUGGACGGAGUGUUCAUCAUAUUGCUGAACGACGACGGGUUGUUCCUGCAGUGGCAAACGGUGGAGGAAAUCAUGGAGAACAAUCUGCUAUACAGAAAAUGGAUGUACAAUUGACAACCAUGCUCUUCUUGGAUAUAUUUGUUGCAAUGAUCUCGUUUUUACCGUACGCAGCUAAUUUAAUUUACGGAAAUAUUACAGGAAAUUGGUCAAAAUCAGCAUUACAAGUUGCGUGGGAGAAUGUUAUUGGUGAAAUUAUCAAUUUGUUGUCUUAUACGUUUUUCAGUACCUCAUUCUAUGUUUCAAUUAUUUCAUUGACUGGCUUUCGGGAUCAACUCUUACGGGCAAUUCGAUUAAAGAAACCCAAAGUAACAGUUUAUUCACGAACAGCUGUUACGACGAAUAGAACUGCUCAAAUUUAG